AUGCUUUUUGCUUCACAAAGCUUCUGUUGCCUUGGCAUUAGAACAUACCAACUACGAACAGAUUUGCUUUCCAGAUCCAUCAAACUUUCAGCCUCUGCAACAAUGGCCUUCAGACACAAAAACACAAGACGAAUUGAAGGCCUUGAUAGCAAUGUGUGGGUUGAAUUUACAAAGGUGGCAGCAGAUCCCUCAAUUGUUAAUCUUGGUCAAGGCCUUCCUGAUAUAUCCCCUCCCAGCUAUGUUAAAGAAGAGCUGGCAAAGGCAGCGGCAGUUGACAGACUGAACCAGUACACACGAGGCUUUGGACAUCCGUCGCUGGUGAAAGCCUUGUCUCAAGUGUAUGAGAGAGUUUGUGGAAGAAAGAUUGAUCCUCUCACAGAUAUCCUGGUGACUGUGGGAGCUUAUGGAUCUCUCUUUAGUACAAUACAGGCAUUAAUUGAAGAGGGAGAUGAAGUAAUAAUAAUAGAGCCAUUUUAUGACUCUUAUGAACCAAUGGUAAAGAUGGCGGGUGCAAAGCCUGUUUUUAUCCCACUGAGAUAUAAAAAUGGUGGAAACUCUGCAUCUAGUGCUGAUUGGGUCUUAGAUCCUGCCGAACUUGCAACUAAAUUUAAUUCCAAAACAAAAGCAAUUAUUCUGAAUACCCCGCACAACCCUAUAGGCAAGGUGUUUACCAGAGAAGAGCUCCAAGUAAUAGCUGAUCUCUGUAUUAAACAUGAUACCCUGUGCAUCAGCGAUGAGGUGUAUGAAUGGCUGGUGUAUAAAGGAAAUAAACACAUUAAAAUAGCUACAUUGCCAGGUAUGUGGGAAAGAACAAUAACUAUAGGAAGUGCUGGAAAAACAUACAGUGUAACUGGCUGGAAGCUCGGUUGGUCUAUUGGCCCCCAGAACCUGAUCAAGCAUUUGCAAGUUGUUCACCAAAAUACACUGUAUACUUGCCCAACUCCAUUACAGGAGGCUUUGGCACAAGCAUUUUGGAUAGACUAUAAACGCAUGGAUGACCCAGACUGCUAUUUUUACUCACUGUCUCGAGAGCUGGAAAUCAAGCGUGAUCGGAUGGCUCAGCUACUUCAAGAAGUUGGACUAAAGCCUGUCAUUCCAGAUGGAGGAUACUUUAUGAUUGUUGAUGUUUCUACGUUAAAUGUGGAUCUCUCUGAUGUAGAUGAAAAGCAACCUUAUGAUUAUAAAUUUGUCAAAUGGAUGAUAACAUCUAAGAAGCUGUCAGCAAUUCCUCUUUCUGCAUUCUGUGGUCCAGAGACAAAAAGGCAGUUUGAAAAAUAUAUACGUUUUUGCUUCAUUAAGAAAGACAGCACACUAGAUGCAGCUGAAGUGAUCCUGAAGAACUGGAAUAAACAGACAGCCUGAUUUUUCUUGUAAAAUAUUCUUAUUAUUAUUCUUAUUAAAUAUUCUUAUUCUUAUUAUACCUCUGGUAUAAUUAUCUAAUAGUAGGGGUUUUUAUUGCAAAUUUAAGAACAAAUUACUUAAUACAGUACAGAAUUAAUAUGAGAUUGUAAAUAACUUUGAGCUGUCACCUGCUGAGAAGUUAAAAAACAAUGAUUUACUGAAAUGUGUAAUGCAACUCGGAGGUUAUUUUCAGUCUUCAAAAUCAUUACUUUUUUCCUAAAAAAAAAAAAAAUCUAUGGGAUUCACUUAUUUUACUGAAAGACAAAAAUGUGUAGAACU